GGUCCCUACAUAACACCGACACUACCACGUGAUCAAACGCAAAGGUAGGCUAGCCAAGACAUCACGGUCAUAUGACCAGAGUUCCGCCAAGCUCUACGAGGAAGUAAACAACGCAAGAGAAUUUUCUAGCGAACGCUACUCCUUAAGAUCAGAAGCAAGCUAGAGUCGCUGUUAUUCAUUCAACAUGAGUGCAAGUCUGGACAUUGCUAAAGCAGGCUGGCUGUAUCGUCAGAGUUCAGUGCUGCGCAGAUGGAAGAAAAACUGGUUUGUGCUGUACCGAGAUGGGGUACUCCGCUAUUUCGAGUCACCAGAGAGUCCCCGUGCUGAGGAGGUCUUUGUGAUACGCUCUGUUUGCAAAUGCAUCAAAACAGGAGAUGAGAUAUCACCUGUGACACCACCUGACGGCAUCAGCAGUGCAAAGGCAUGCAUGCUGGAGCUGAAGAUGCAUGAUGGGAGCAACCUUCUAUUGUGUGCUGAGAGCUACGAUGACAUGAAGGCGUGGCAGAUAUCACUAGAAGAAGCCCGAACAAUGCAGGCACCAGUGAACAUGAUGCCACCAUAUACUCGAACGGUGCCCAUCCGGUAUGAAUAUGGUUACCCAUAUGGAUAUUCUGGAUAUCCAGGACAGGUCAUUGCAAGACCACCUACAGCUCAUGUGGUGCAAACCCCAAAUGGCACAACAGUGAUCAAUUCUGGCCCUCCUACGCAGGUGGUGUAUGUUGAUGACUACCCAUACCGUGGCUAUGACUAUGGUGCAGGACUCUUGACAGGGGCAGUGGUUGGCUCAGCACUUAUGUGGCCUCUGUGGUUGUGGUGAUCUGGGUACAUGAACACCAGUCCCAAAGACUUGAUCAGGCAAUCACCAGGUGUAAUACUAUAAAUGUGGCCAAUGAACUUUUCAAGUACAAAAUGUGAUAAUGUUAGUUGUUGGUACUGUGUUGGUACCAUGGUGUUUUCAGGCAUCUGCUUCAUCUAGUAGCUUCAGACUGUAGACUACAUUUUUCCUUCUAUAUUUUUUAAUGUGUGGCUAGUUUCCAAGAUUUUUCUGCUUGAAUUAUAACGCUUGCAAACACACAAACAUCAGAAAAGUUAAUGUUGUCCUGAUAAACUAGCUUGUUUUGUCUUCAAAUUGUCAAAAAGCAUCUUCUCAUCUUUGUGACAUGUACUUCAGUAUUUUGUGUACCUGUAUGCAUUUCCACAUCCACACAUUCAUGUAUGUUCACUUUAUUUGUUUUUUUCAACGUUAAAAAUACAUACAAGUUUAUUUUGAAAUAAAUUUUUGUGCAAUCUUUCUGUUUUAAUCUGGUGACAAGAAGGCACCAUUUUGAAGUUUAACCUGUGACUUCCAGUUAGAAGGGUACAAAUCUUACUUCAUUGAAUUAUCUAGUCUUUCAGUCAGAAUAUAUUGGUGUGUUGAGAGCAUUUUUUAUUCUUAAAUUUGCAUAUAUUUUUAUGUCUCGUCACUGAAGUAGAGCAUCAAAUGUACAUAGAAGCAAAAUUUAAUAGAGAUGAAUUGUGUUUAUACAUGUCUAUAAAUGUGCAGUAAUGCUG